AUGCUUUUUCAGUGUCCUGUGUGCAGUAAACAUUGUAAAGAUAAGAAAACUUUAAAAGUGCAUUCUCGUGUUCACAGUGGGAAAAAACCUUAUUUAUGUAAUUUGUGCAACAAAAGUUUUUUGACGUUAGGUAAUUUAAAGGAGCACGUUAUUGUUCAUACUAAGGAAAAAAUGCAUACUUGUGAUAUCUGUCAAAAGAGUUUUGGUUUUAAAAAAUCUCUGAAGAGGCAUUAUGAAACACACUCAGGGCAAAAACUUUAUAAUUGUACUCUUUGUGAUAAAAGUUUUGCUCGAAAUGAUGGUUUACUGAUUCAUUAUCGCUCUCACACUUCUGAGAAACCUUAUAUGUGCACUGUGUGUAAUAAAAUAUUUAAAACGGGUAAUUCGUUAAAGUACCAUGUCUUAAAUCAUGCUGACACAAAACCUUAUCCAUGCAAUGUAUGUAACAAAAGUUAUGUAAGACCACAGCAUUUAAACAGACAUCUUCUUAUACAUACAAAAGGAAAUAUAUAUGCAACCACAGUCAGCCCCACAUAA